AUGCUGGUGCUGUUCGAACUGGCCCUGCUAUUCGGGCAUUCGUUCGGCUUCUUCUUCCCGAUGGGCGGCAGCAAUGGGUGUCAGUGUGUUAAGAGCAUGUCCGACGCCUGUUACUUGCGCUCCAACACCCACCUGUGCCAUUCCUCUGCCUUGUCCUUCUCAGGUCAACUACGCGGCUCCAGCUUCAUCUUAUCAGUCCCAGUAUCAGAACACUUGGAGCAAUGGCGUCUCUGCUCAGUACCAGCUUCCGGCCUCACUGCCUAUAUCGCCGUCUUAUCAGCCGUCAGCUACCAGACAGCUCAACCAUCCUACCAGACUGUCAGCUACCAGACGGCUCAACCAUCCUACCAGACGGUCAGCCCCGUAUAUACGCCCACUUAUCAAACGGUGGAACCUGAUUACCAGGUAGUGCAGCCCGUAUAUCAGACGGUAAUACCGUCCCCGACGUCUAAUUACAUUGCCCCUCAACCAGAGACUCAAUACACGAGUCCUGUACAGACUAUUGAACCUGUGCAAACAAUCAGCACCUCGGACUCGUACCGUGAAAGUUUGAAAACUGGCGGCGAGUAUCCGACGAUAACGCCGACAUCCGGGGAGGGCUCG